AUGAACCAUAGGAAAGUGUUAUUAAUAAGAAAAUUUCUUAUAUCUGCAUUUAUUAUGAUACUUUACUAUACGUAUAAUCCUGCAUGUAAGAACAGUGUAGGGAGUUUUUCUUUUUUAACAAAUUUUAUCGUUCAUGCAAAAUUAAGACAUAAAAAUGUAUAUCAUCAGCAAAGUGAUUGGGAUAAGUGUGGCAAUAGAUGGAAUAAGAAAAAAAUCUACCUCCUCUCAGUGGGAAUCCAAAAGAAAGGACAUGGACACUACCCUCUGAAAUAUUUUCCAAAUGCAGAUAAUAUUUUGCGCACGAAUAGUAAGUAUGAAAGAUGUAAGAGAAGGAAAAAAAUAAGCAUUACAAGAUGGGAUACUUGGGAAUCCUUGACAUCACAGGGAAGUUCUUAUAAUAGAGAUGUUUUAAUGGCACGCAAAAUUAACCAAAAAGAAAUAAAGAGAAAAAAAAAUUAUCAAUAUGCAAUGAAACACAUGUAUGAUAAAAAUGGAAGAAGAAUAAAAGAUAUAAAUAAAGAAAAGAAAUCGUUAAAAAAAAAAAAAAUAUUUGAUUAUGAAGGAUUUAAAGUUGAUAAAAUUUUCUCCUGCCUUAGUGAGGAAGAUAUGCAAGAAUUGCGUGAUGAGGAAUUGAAGAGAAAAUCUGGAGAAAUUUUACACAACAAUAAGUAUAUUGAUACCUAUGGCGUCGAGUCUGAAACGGAUUUGGACGAAAUUUGA